CUGAACAACUCAGUGCCCUACCCCAUAUAAUUUUUCCCCAAACAAGGCUGGCCUUUUCUCUGCAAUUCCCUCGCUAGGGUUUUACAGAGGUUUUCUUCGACCAAUUCAGAUUUCAAUUUUAGCGCCAAAAUUAGGAAAUUUCUCCCAAUUUUAGAUAACUCCUCCGCGUGAACUCCAAGAAAGUUUAGGGCAGAGAGACAGAGAACCAAAAAUGGCGUUCUCGUUCACGCCACAGCAGCAACAACAGUCACUGUUCCAACCCCAAACCCAGCAACAAUCGCCUUUUCAACAAAGCAGUCCGUUUUUUCAACCACAACAACAGCAACAACAGUUUCAACAACAGCAGUUUCAGCAACAGCAACAACAGGUUCAACAACAGCAACAACAACAACAACAACAACAACCACAACAGCAACUUUAUCUCUUCACGAACGAUAAAACCCCUGCCACUUACGGCACAAAGUGGGCCGAUCUCCAUCCCGAUUCUCAGAAAAUUCUCCUUCAGAUCGAGGAGAAAAUACUGGAGUAUAGGGAUGAAAGUCAACGGCUGGAUCAGUGUAGCAGACUCUAUGAUUCAUCGGUGUCCAAUAGUGGCUUCGAGCUUGAUGCAAGUUAUAUUCAUCAGGAACUUGGUGGAAUAAGUACUGCAAUGGAACGGCAGAAAGCUGUUCUGCAAGAGUUAAUGGCUGCUGUGAACGAUAUGCUACGAAAUACAGAGGUGGCUGUUCGUUCAUUCAUAUUGUUACGCCCUAGGUUUCUUCAUUCAAAUCAAGGUGCUGGUUCAAAUGCUACCGCACCAUCACAGGCUUCAGGAGGGGCAGUGGCUCCCAGCGCAACAAGUCACCCAACAGCUACCUCUAUUGUGCCAGUUUUUGAUUUCUAUAGUGGGCUCCCAAAAAAACCAUCUCCCUUUUUUCUGCAAACAGUUGCCAGGUUUGAGAAGUAUCUUGGUGUGUGCUGCCAGUGGAUUGAAGAGUUAGAGCAGUUGCUCCUGUUAGAUUCUGGGAAUUCUUUCAACUCCAGCUCCUCAUUGUUGUAUUCUCUUCCCAAAGUCAUGUCAAACGUACACGGCUUCUUUGUUCAUGUUGCAGCAAAGGUUGAGAGCAUGCAUCAAUACAUGGAAUCGAUGAAAACUGCAUAUCUUGCUGACCAGCGCCGCCGAGGGGAGGGGAAUGAUCCCUUUCUUGAAGCUGAUAGAAGGGAGACAGCCAAGCAAGAAGCUGCUGCUCGGAGGGUACAUCCAACUUCGCAUUUGCCUGCAAUUUCACAACCACCAACUCAAGUUGCUGGGUUGUUUGCCAGCUCAGCAAUGCCUGGGGCAUUGAAUGCCCCACAGACAUCUGCAGCAGUUUCUUCGGCUUCAUCUGGGAAUUCAUUUUUUGGCACUCCACCUGCUGCUUCAUCAUCUUCUCUGUUCUCCACUCCCUCCACUUCUGCUCCAGUAUUAUCCUUAUUUGGAUCAUCUGGUGCUUCCCCCCAGACAUCACAGUUUGGUGCCUUGUCCAAUCCAAGUCCCUCCUUGUUUGGUAGUACUGGUUCGUUGUUCGGUGCAACUGCUUCUGCUGGAGCUUCAACGUUUGCAACACCUUUUGCUUCAGGAGCUGCAACUGGGUCUGGGGCAAGCUUUGGAACUGCACAUAAAACAAGAGCGAAAACUCGCACUGGCCGACGUUAUUAGUCACAAUGCUUUCAGCGGCAACCUGUUAUCUACUAUGUGAUUCUCACAAUUUUCAUGGCAACGACCAUUAUGUUUUUGCACUCAAGGUCUAAAAUGGAGCUUCUUUUGCGGUCAACUUCAUGGAAGUUCUUGAAUCUCUUGCUGAAUUACCAGUACUUGGAAUCCGCAUCUCACAUGCCGCUUCGUCUGGACAUCCCAGUCUGAUAUGUUGGGGCUUCCAAAUGAUUGUAACAUUGUAAAAUACAUUACUUAUAGAUGUUUUGAGGUGUAGAUGCUUAUCAGAACCUUUUGAAGUCAUUUGUUUGUGUCAGGAUUGGGAUUUGCUGAUUCACAUAGAUUUCUGUUUGUUUACUAGGACCGGUGCUUCAAUUGAAUUCAAUAUGAGGAAAUCAAAAAACAGUUUUUAGAGAA